CCCUGGCUCCUGAGCCCCUUGCCGGCCGCCCGCGGAGCUCCUAGCACUUCCGCAUCCAGCUCCCGCCCAGCUUCGAGCCGCCCUUCCACCUCACGCCCAGUUUCGUUUGCGAGCAGCGCAUCUCGUGGCCCCACUAGGGCCACGGACUGGUUCUGCAGUCGCCAUGACGGCGGCCGUGUUCUUCGGUUGCGCCUUCAUUGCCUUCGGGCCUGCUCUCUCUCUCUACGUCUUCACCAUCGCCACCGACCCUUUGCGCGUCAUCUUCCUCAUCGCCGGCGCUUUCUUCUGGUUGGUAUCUCUGCUGCUUUCAUCUUUUUUUUGGUUCAUAGCAAGGGUCACUAGUGACAGCAAAGACGGACCAGUGCAGAAAUACCUGUUAAUCUUCGGGGUGUUGCUUUCAGUCUGUAUCCAAGAACUGUUCCGGUUUGCGUAUUAUAGACUUCUAAAAAGAGCAAGUGAAGGCUUAAAGAGCAUAAAUCCAGGCGAAACGGCACCCUCUAUGCGACUGCUGGCCUAUGUUUCUGGCUUGGGCUUUGGAAUCAUGAGUGGAGUAUUUUCCUUUGUGAAUACCCUGUCUGACUCCUUGGGGCCAGGCAUAGUGGGCAUUCAUGGCGAUUCUCCUCAGUUCUUCCUUAAUUCAGCUUUCAUGACACUGGUUAUCAUAAUGCUGCAUGUGUUCUGGGGCAUCGUGUUUUUUGAUGGCUGUGAGAAGAAAAAGUGGUACAUCCUUCUUAUAGUUCUCCUGACCCAUCUGUUGGUGUCCACCCAGACCUUCCUAAGUCCUCAUUAUGGAGUAAAUCUGGUAUCAGCAUAUAUACUCAUGGUGCUCAUGGGCAUCUGGGCAUUUUUUGUUGCUGGAGGCAGCUGCCGAAGCCUGAAACUCUGCCUGCUCUGCCAAGACAAGGACUUUCUUCUUUAUAACCAACGCUCCAGAUAACCUCCCACAAUCAGCACCUCCAAAAUAGCAGCCUGUGUCUUCAGAGAAAGCACAGCUGUGACUUUUUCCAAAAAGCUCCCCCUUUUCUCCUGGAACUUAGAAAAAGCAGAGCUAUGUAGACUAGAAUUCUGUUUCUAUACUUUCAAGAAGCAGGCCUCUGAAAGGGAUGCAGCAGUGGUCUGCAGCCUGCCUACACAUUUGAGACAUCUGGGAAAACAAAGCCUACUGUUCUGGGCUCCCCCUCCAGAUUUAAUUAUCCUGGGCAUUUGGUAAUUUUUGAAGCUUCAUGUGAUUUCCAUGUGGGGCGAGGAUGAGAAUCAUUGAGAUCCAAGUGGGACGUUCCUGAGAACACCCAAAGCGGCUGGGGUUUUGGUAUUUGACUGUCUCCUGACUCAACUCCUGCUGAAACAAGUAAAUUUCUGAAUAUUGCAUCCUGGUUAGCCUUUGUCUCUUUGUGUUCUGACAUCACAAAAUGUUAAAGGGCUUUCCCUUCGGUGAACUGUUUCCAUGUACUUCACUAACACAGUCUUAGAGAAAUCUUAGUCAUGGCUGUACUUUUAAAUGCAUAUACUGACUUUAACUUAGCCAAGGUAAAAUUUGUAUAUAAAAGGUAUUUUCCUCAAGUUUUUUUUUCCAUUAGAUAUUUUUCUUCUUGAGGCAUUCUGUUAUUUACUUUAGUACAAAAUCAGGAUCUUUAAGAUUCAUUAUAUCCUGACUUCCUUGGGAAAAUAUAAAACUGUACAAGUCUGCGAGUUUCCUCAGUUUAAAGCUGCUGUGUUUGCUGUCUGAAUACUAGGAGCUAGGCUGGUUGACGUGAAGCUGCAGCUGGCAGGAAUGAUGUGCCCUUGGCAGGGAGGGCGUCUUUGGAUCUGGUGGGUUGUAGAACAAGGGUGAUGUGGACACUUUUCUUUUGUUCCUGUGACACUGAACAGCCCCUUCACCCAAAUGAUGUAGUGUGAAAUUGGAGAUAGAUCUUAAGCUACAAAUUUCAAACUAUCACGUAACUCAUAAUCUCUAGUAUUUAUGGGUUUUGGAAGUAAGAACAGCAUUCCCUUUGUAGAACAUACAAGGUGUUUGUUUAUAUUCUAUAUAACUCCUCUCAUUUCCUUUAUGAAUAAGAAAUGCUGGUGAGUUGUGAAUUUACUAACUAUAAAUUGUUUCCGCUUGAAGUCUUUGGGGAGCUUAUAAAGUGGAAAUUAUCUGUUCAUGAAAGUGAUGCCUCAGCAAAGCCUGCACGUACAAUAGAGCAUCCAAAGAAAUGAGAGCUGCAGUGAGAUGGUUCAGCAGAGGCAGGACAGAUGAGUGCAACAAAGAACAAAUGUGUUUGCCAUGAAGAUGCAGCCAGUGUUUUGAGCUAACUGAACCCUUAGUCCAUGAGCCUCCACCAUGCUUAAAAUUUUUGAGUGUCUCAGAGACUGAAGAGGAGUAAGGCUUCUAGCAAGGCUGUGAACAACCUGAGAAGCAACUGUAGUUGUCCCCUUAAAGGUACAUCAGCAUUAAUUAGUACCAGUGCUUCUGCUGGAGUGUGUUGUUUCUACAUACAUUUUCCUUGGACUAGAAGAGACCAGGACAUCAAGAUUAAACAGUGAAAAUCACUAUGCAGAACCCAGAGGAAGAAGAAGCCCAUCAGCCCCAAGGGUGAUGUGGACACUUGAGGAUUUAUCCCUGCCAGAGCAUGGUAUUCUUUGUUAAAGUGAAUAUGAAAAACAUAUAGGUGUUUGUUACUACUGAUUUUUAAAUAUUGUAUGUAGAUAUUGUGAUAAAAUAUUUGUUCAUUUAUGAAGUAUGGAAAAUCUGAGAAUUUUACUAUAAAUCACACUUGAACUCUGAGCAAAUAGUCUUAAGUACUAAUACCAGACUGUUAAGAAGCUAGGAUUAUAAAAUCUCAUUUAAUGAAAACUCAAAAUAAGAGGCUGGAGAAAUGGCUCAGUGGUUAAGAGCACAUACUGCUCUUGCAGAGGACCCAAGUUCAGUUCCUAGCCUCCACAUCAGGCAGCUAACAACUGCCUGUAUAUUCCAUCUCCAGGGAGGUCUGAUGCCUCUGGCCUCCACAGAAAUCUGCACUCAUGUACACAUACCCACAGACACACACAGAUAUAUAUUUUAAAAAAUCUCAGAUGAAAAGAAAAUUUUCUUUGGUGAAACUAUUGUCUUAGCUCAGGAAAUUAUUUAGUAAUCCUUUAUUACCUGUGAAUAAGGGAGUGUUGUAACCCUGACUACUCUUACAUUGUGAGUAUUGUCAUAUCCCAGGCACUGCUAUCUCAAAUAGGCACUUUGCCUCUUGUCAAGGAAGCCUCGAGGGAGGGAGGAGUCUCAUACUUACACGUUGAAAUGCUACUUUUUACUUUGCUGUCUAUAAUGAGCUUUCAGAGCCCUGGUAAUAAUUAAAGAGGAGUGAGGUUUGAUGUAUGCUGUCCUCCAUUCAGGGUCUUCUGUUUAGACAAAUGUGGACAUAAAAUUGACCUUGAAAAUGUGAAUAUUGGGUGCUGGAGAAAUGGCUCAACGGUUAAGAACAGUGGCUGUUCUUGCAGAAGACCAGUGUUCAAAUCCCAAUACCCACAGGGGAUCCAACACUCUCUUCUAACCUCCAUGGAUAUUGCACAACACGGGUGCACUUAAAUAUAUGCAUGCACAUAAAAAUAAGAAAAUGUGAAUACUGUUUCAGUACUUGAAUAAUAGAGAUUCUGUUGCCAUGUGAAUAAGAGAUUCUAUUGCUCAGUAAUAUAAGCUGUAUUUAUCUUUAGUUCAUUUGAACUAAUGCUUAUAACUGUUGAUGUUUAUCACCGGUUACUCUGGCCUGUCUGACUAGCUAUAUGGUAGCAGUGGCCUCUUUAGAAACAUAUAGAUAAAAUGUGUUGAAAGGAAGUGACAAUGUCUGCAAACUGCACAGAAAAUGGCAUUUAUCCCCAGCAUAAAUGUAAGUGAUGUGACAGAAUAUUUCAUAGUCCUAGUUCUCCUCCCAGUAGCUUCAUCCCUGUUCCCAAACAGGUGUUAGCAGUUGGUGUGGGCCCCAGGGUGACACUGAUGCCUCACUAGCCAACCAACCUGGGUGGCAACCUGUCACAAGCAUCAAGGACCUUGCUCCUAGGAGCUGCUCCUAGAAGGUUGACUGUUUGUUCACUUAGUGUAUUUCUAGGACCCACCAUCCUAACUCCAAGUAGUCAAGGUGGACAGCAUCACACAACAAUUUUAAAGUGCUUGCUUAGAACAUUUUGUUUUCAAACAAGGACUUGCUGUGUACUCUAAGCUGGCCUCAAACUCAAAAUCCCCCUGCUCAGCCUCUCAAGUACUAAGAUUAUACCAUCCAAGAUUGUACCAUCAAAUCCAACUAGAACAUUCUAUUUAUGAUUACAAUGUUUAUCUGUUUCAUUUAGUAAUUGGCUUUAGUACUUUUUUUAGUGUUUAGAGGAAAUGGGCAUUGUCUCUCUAUAAAGUGCAUAGCUUUUUAUAUUUUAGACCUUUGUAUCCUGCGUCCUGCAGUAUAUGCCUUUGCAUUCAAUAUACAAUACAGUAGACCUUCCAAACUUUUAUUUUUCAGUGAACAAUAAAAAAGAUUGUUUGACACA